CUGACGGCAACCUCCACCCUCUGACCUCAUCCUCCCCACUCUCCACAAGCCAUGAAGGGACUUGCCAUGAUGAUGCUGUCACAAUAGCCUGCUAGAUUCAGAUCUACCCGUAUAAAAAUAAGAAGACAGGAAGAUGAGAAAGGGAGUUAUUGUAUUCCCCUUGCUUGGAGUGCAGCUGUUGUUUCAGCUGACUGAGGUAUCUUCUUUUGCUUUGGCAUUCUCUUCCACCAGAGUGCUACAGACACCCUCCAGAAACAUUCGAUUGUUCUACGAAAAUGGCCGCAGUACGGUUGAUGAUGUCAAUUCAAGUACAGCCUCCUCUUCCAACCGGUACAGUCUUGGACGGUUCCAAAGGGGAGAAGAUCCAGAACCCGAGGAGGUUGUGGUGGCUCGCAAUCUGAAAGAACUUCGACAAGCUGUGUUGCAGGACAAAAUUCCACUCCGCGAAAUUGACUUUCUCCCCGACAAACCAACUCUGAAUGCCACAACGGCAUCACUCGAACAACUUGGCAACCAUCCAGUUCUUCAAUUGUUGCGUCAACGCCAUCAAACCAACUCGACACCAGGCCACAGGGCAGAUACAGCUCAUAUUGCCUUGGCCAUUGAAGGAGGCGGUAUGAGAGGGGCCGUCUCGGCAGGCAUGUCCGCGGCCAUUGCCAGUUUGGGACUGACGGAUGCCUUUGACAGUGUCUAUGGCAGCAGUGCGGGGAGCAUUGUAGGCGCCUAUAUGAUUUCACGUCAAAUGUGUGUGGACGUUUAUACUCAAGUCUUGCCCGCGGCCAAGGGUCAAUUCGCCUCCCAGCGACGCCUCAUGAGCAAUGUGGGGGUGGGAUUGGUUCGCGAUUGGAUUCAGAGACUGGAUAUUUCCAGCAGCACCAACGCAACCGAUGAUGAGACUGCCGAAGCACAAAACACAUUGUUCCAAAAGUUGCGGGCAGACAAACUCUUAUCCACCCUCAAGGCCAAUUUCAAGUUGAGUCCUGGUAUGAAUGUGUCCUUCAUUUUGGAUGGUGUCAUGUCCGAGCAACAUGGCUUACGGCCAUUUGAUAUGGAAAGCUUUAAACUCAAUGAUGCCAAGCAGCCUCUCUAUGCAGUUUCCUCGACUGUUCGUGAUGGGAUAUUGGAGACGGUUGCCUUCAAUUCCAAAGAAGGCGAUUACUUUGAUCGAGAAAUACAGCUUCAAAACGCCACGGAAGCUGCCAUGUCGAACAAUGACACGGCAAGUGUGGAUAUCCCCAAAGGUCGGGUUCGCCGCCUCUUGAGAGCCAUCAAAACGGGUAUUGGUCGACUGAUAAGAAGUCCUUUGGUCGUCUAUCGAGCCUCCAAAACCUUGUACAGGAAAGUGAAAGGGCUCCCAAGCCCCGCACCUGAAACACAAUCCACAGAAGAGGAGACAACCAAAGAAGCUCCCAAGAAGGAGAAGAAACUUAUCACAGCUGCCAUGAGUCCCCUCUUUCGCAGGAUUCGCAAGAAACGAAGUUUGAGUGUACAACCUUUUCAAAAGACCAGCAAUGGAACCAUAAUACAGGAGGCAUCGGCCUGCCCAGAAGAGUCAGGGAAGAAAGGGUUCUUUGCAUGUAUCGAAUCCAGUAUGCUAGUACCUGGUGCCGCAGGGGCACCUGUCAAGCUUCUCCGCAGUAAGCAUCGGCAAGAAGCAAUUGAUUUGGGUUUGGCCCGUACGACCAGUGUUUGCUUUGAUGCCUUUUGUUACUCGCCAAUGCCUUAUCGUUCGGCAGUCGAAAAUGGUGCCACUCAUGUGCUAGCCCUGCGGUCUAGGCCUGAUGGAUGCCCGAUCGAAACCGCUCCCGCAGUGUACGAGAGAUUGGUGGCUCCGAUCUACUUUCGACGACAUGGACUUCCUGAAGUGGUACGCUUUUUUGAAGAGGGUGGAUCUCAAUAUCGCUACUUGGAGGACGUGCUUACCUUGGACGAAGGGCUGGUGGUGGGGUGUACCGAGGGACCGCAAUCGAAAGGUGUCCAAGUGCCACCAACAGAGAUCCUGUUUGGGACUGGAAAUGACGAAGAGCUCAUUGUGGACACUACCACAUGGAAACAGGCCCAUUUACUGCCUCUCAUUCUUCCUGCGGGCACGACAGAAUUGCCUACUCUGACUCAGGAUAAGGAUGAAGUCUUGGACGCAGUCCGAAAUGGCUUUGCAGCGGCCUUUGAUGUGCUCGCACCAAUUGCAGGGCUCGGCUUUGAUCCGUCCGCAGUUGACAGCAAGAAAAUUGCAGAGCUCAUGUUUCCUCGAAACAGUGACGAAGACGACGUGGCGGUCUUGCAAACAAAGGUCAAUGUUAAGGGUGACUACAUACGAAACAACAACGUCGCUAUAGAUAGCGAGGAGGAAAGAAAAAAAAGGAAACGGUUUGUGGAUUGGAUUCAACGAAAACGAAGGGCGCGCAAAAAAGCCAAGAGGAUGACUCGAUGGAAUCCCUUCCGUGCUGGUGCCGUGGAAGUAGAACGGGAAAGGCCCGAUACGAAGCAAUUUGUCAAAGCGGAUUCAUUGGAUUGGCUGGAGGCAGAAGCUUUGCUUGCCAUGCUCCCCGGUUUUCAGGAGGGGAAACUAUCGUAUCUUGCUGAGGGGCUUCGCUCGACUGAUGGUCGAGAUCAAGAGUCUUUUGACGUUCCAGACUAACAUUUUUGAAAGAGACAGGGCGUGGGUGUUGACGUGUACAAGGCCAUUUUACAACAGACCAACUUGAAUCUCCAAUCAUUUUGGAACGAUGACAAUCAACAGGACUACGGAGCAAGUACCCUGCUUCUGCGUCGACGGGGAGAACAAAAUUCGCAUGGGCAAGAUGCGGCAAGCAUGGAAAGAAAACGCUGAAGGAGAAUCUGGGUUAGGAGAGGUUCCUUCCUUGGUGGGAACUACAGUAAACUCUGAACCGGCCGUGGUGGCCAUACUACCGGUACCGGUAUCUGCCAGAGCUGGCUAUAGCUUGAAGUCGUAGUUUGUAUCAUUGGAUACCACCUAAUACAUGCUUUAGUCUACCAGUACGAAGUCUG